UUUGCAACACCAAGUCAUUCUUCUUUUUGUUCGCAUCACAUUUCUCUUCCGUUGUGGGUGAACCUAAAAUCGUAGUGUAACGGAAAAUGGCUUCGUCACAAGAAUUCAGGGUACGGAGGUCAUUUCCACAAGCACACUGUCCCCACUGCCCCCUCCGCGGUCACUGCCACCACUGCCCACUCCACACCCACCACUUCCCACCGCCGCCACAGUAUCUCCGUCCGCUUCCUCAGAAUCCCCACCUCUUUGCUCCCUUACACCUUCCAACUUCACAGGCUACUAAGUAUAAUGAAGAAUCCAACGCUUUUGUUGCACAGAGUUCACAAGAGCUGGAGCAUGUAGAGCUACAUGACGAGGAAGAAGAUGACGAGCCAAUUUUUGUUCUAACUGAUGAAUGGAGAGAAUUCUUUGCAAAAUCUGAAGCAAGGAGGAAACAAGAAAUGUUGCUUUUACCGAAUGGAUCCUAACUCCUAAGUACUAAAUAAUAUAAGUAAUUGUUGAAACAAUUUUUAUCUUUUGGCUUCUCCAAACACAUCUGGAGUUCUUUGUUGAUAUCAUACAGAGAAGAAGCAAGGCAAGAAGGGAAAGAAGUAAUACUUUAACAAAGAAAGCAACGUCUUCCAAGAAUUUCUGCAUCCAUGAAAGGGUUGUUUUCAAGGUGGUUGAUGAAGAUCCUGCACUAAAGGAUGUUAAUUUAGUCCAUGCCAGAGAUGAGGAUCUAUGGUGAGUUGUUUGGUAGUAUUAUAACAAGGAGAGUCUGCACUUGUUAGAAGUCUGAGUUCCUUCUUAUAUCUAUCUUUAUUUGGAUGUUAGCAGCCAAUAUAUUUAUGGGUUUAGCACAUGUUAAUGUUAUUAUUAGUAGAAGUUUUUAAAAUUAUUAUUUUAAUAAAUGCAUUGGAAAUUUAAAGUUUG